AUCCAGUACAGAGACACUGUUCUUACACAACGUACAAAUAAACUACUGUUGUUGACAAGAUGAAAUUGCUGGAGAGUACACGUUUUGAAGCCAUAAACAGUGCCUUGUCCAUCAAGACUGGAGACAGCAAAAUAAUAGGCAGAAUAGAGAGCUACUCUUGCAAAAUGGCUGGAAAUGAUAAACAGCUAUAUAAACGUUUUAAUGCAGAACAAGGUUUUACUCCACAUGAUCUUCAAGCUUUAUCACCACCACAAACAUCAUUAGGAACAUCACCUGCUCAAGGAUACUUUAGUCGCAGUAUUUCUGGUGAUGAAGAUGGUCCAUUAUGUGAUACAAUCAGUAGAAAAACACUAUUCUAUUUGAUUGCUACUUUGAAUUCUGCUUUUCAUCCAGAUUAUGAUUUUUCUGAUGCUAAAAGUCAUGAAUUCAGUAAAGAGCCAAGCUUGCAAUGGGUCAUGAAUGCUGUAGACAGUAAUUUGAGUGCAACUGCGGGAGACCAUUAUCGUACUUUACGAACGGCACUUUGGGCUGCCAUUGAUGACGAAAUAUCAUUGAACGAAUGUGAUAUUUAUAGUUACAAUCCAGAUUUUGCAUCUGAUCCAUUUGGAGAAGAUGGAUGUUUAUGGUCUUUUAAUUAUUUCUUCUAUAAUAAAAAGCUAAAACGCAUUGUGUUUUUUCCAUGCAGAGCAAUAAAUCCUCUCUACGUAUUAGAUUCUGGUGUUGGCAGUGACUUUGCCAUGGAUGAAGAUGAAGAUAGAUACUAAAUUCAUAAUACAUGUUUAUACAAACUUCGUCACUAUCUUUAUUAGUUUUGCCACAAAGGCAUGAAUGAACAUUAAAUUUUAUCUAUUACAUAACUUAUGUACAAUGAUACAUCUCGAAUUUUUCAUAAUUAUUUUGUUUAUUUUCACUUGUAGUAAUAUUUCUUUCAGACUUAAGUCUAACAAAAAUUCUCUUUUUAUCUUUUUUUAUAUGAUAUUGAAGUAAUUGUAGUCAAGAAAAAAUCUAAUAGUUUUGAAAAUUUUGUAAGAUUUUGAAACAAUUUUUCUUUGUGACUUUAUAAUUUUCAUAUACAUAUUUACUAUCAAAGAUGCAUUAAGUAUAUAAAUCUGCUACACGUUAAUUAAAUUUGUACAAAUCUAAGAUCUAGAUUUUCAUUCUAUGUAAAAUAUUCAAGUUUAGAAUAUCAAAAAGAUCUUUAUUUAUAUAAAAACGUAAUGAACUUAGUGGAUUUUAAAUUGUUGUUGUUAUUGUGCUAAGUUGCUCUAUUAGAUUUCUUUAAGAUUAUUAUAAUAAUAAAAUAAUUAAAUUAAAAAACAGAUUUAAUCUAAUACUAUAAAAUGGGAGUACAAAAAUUAUUAGAGCAACAAUAGAUUUAAAAGUGCAGAAUUUCUUAAUCUUAGUCAUUAUAUCUUUAAGUUAUAAAAGAUUUAUUAAUUGUUUGUGCUCUUUGCUAUAAAAAUCAGUCAUAUGAUAAUAUUUUGAUAAGCUUUUCGUAUAAAAUUUUAUACUUCAUACAUGACUUUUGACAAAUAUAUAUUCUUAAUGUAUCAAUAGAAUAUUCAGUUUUAUAAAUUAUCAAGAUAUUAAUUCAAUAUUCUGAAUUCAUUUUCAAUAAACUGAUAAAAUUUAAUGAUUAAUUUAGAUCGUGCAAUAUAUGUAUAAAUUUUACAAUAAUAUAAUAAAUUUUCCAAUAAUUUUCGUAUAAUAUGAAAAAUAUUAAUUUUAUGUCACUGAUAAAUAUAUAUAUAUAUAUAUGAAGAAUAUAUCUUGUGAAUUUAAAAACCAGUACUAUACCCGAGUUAGAUUACUAGUUUUUGAUUGAAAAUCGUGAUUUUCAUAUAAUUUGUAUAAUAUAUAUGUAUAACCUUAGUUCCCUUAAGAUUACAUGUUUUUCUGCAUUUGAAUAAACUUUAUGAGCUGAUAAAA